AGCGAAUCGAGAGGUGACCUUUGCGCGUCUGCAUCUGGCGAGAGCUGCCAUGGCUCAGAGUCCUCCGCCGCCAUUUGAUCCCUACCGAGCCCCGGUUAUUGAAGGCUUUACUCCGACUUCUUAUCGGGGCGAGACCGAACGCUUCCAAAGCAAGUUCAUGCGCAAGUUCCGCCAGAAUCCAUUUGUGCCCCUCGGCUGCCUUGGUACAGCUGGAAUUUUGACUUAUGGACUCAUCUGCUUCAUAAACAAUAAACCCAAGCAAUCCCAGAUGAUGAUGAGGGCCCGUGUUAUAGCCCAGGGUUUAACUAUUGCAUCCCUAUUAGUGGGCAUGGCUGUUACAAACCUGAAGUCAUCCAAGUGAACAAGCUGCUAUUGUACAAUAUGAUAAUAUUGUCCACUAAUCUGGGGCACUUAGGAGAUGAAAUGCCAAAUGAGCCACCUAGAGCACUAUUGGAGGAAGAUGAAGAGUUAUUCAACCCACCCAAGUUAGAGCACUCUUCCUCUCUUUUUAACAUCUGCUUGACAAUAUUGGGUGAGAUCAUGAAUUGGUUCGGGGUCAGAUACCAUCGGUUUUGUGAUAAUACUAAGCUGUACAUCUCAACCCAAGGUUGACAGAAAUCAAAGUCUCGUACCUAUACUUGGAGGCUAUCUGGUUGUGUAUAUGGAGGAAGAUACUCUGAUUCAACUGUAGCAAGACCAAGCGGCUGCGGAUGUUGGAACUGGAGAUGUUCCAUCGUUAGGUCCAAGUGGGAAUCCAUUUCAUCAUGUUGCACAAUUUGUGGAUCUUCUUGGACUCACAGUUCCAGCUCAAGCAGAUGGCAGCUAUGGAUGGCCUUUGUAGAAAUUCAUAUAAUGCUGUGAUUGCACCAUUUCCUGGACCUAGAGGCCUUUCUGACAAGCACUCAUGCUUCAUUCACUUCUUAUGGAUUAUUGCAGUGUACACUAAAUGGGGCUGCUCUUGAAGACCAUCAAAAACUUCAACUGAUCCAGAAUAUAGCAACAACUUAAGCAAUUAUGGGCAUACUCUUGCAACACCCCUGCUUUGUCAGCUGCACUGGUUACUGGUAGGCUUUCAAGUAAAUUCAUUGUGCUAGUUAUUGCAUAAAAAGAUCUCACGACAUAGAGACUUUUCUGUGGCUUCCGCCCAUGCUUUAUGAUCAAACAGAUUUGUCACAUUCAUAGCCAUUAACAGUAUCAUUAGAUGGAACCUGCAAAACAUACCUUCUUGGUCACUAUACCUGCCCUCUGUAAUAAUAUCCUCCCACAGCCUCGCCCCAAGUCCUUGUUAAAAAGAGCUUUUAAAAACUGGCUUUUCCCAUGGGUCCUGGGCUGGAGUGGUACAGACCCUUGUGUGUUAUAUGACUCCUUUAGAACAUGUGGGUUUUUCCCUAUAUGUCUAUUUUUCUUUUGUUUUUAUUCUUUGUUUUAUUAUUGUAUGCUGCCCAAAGUCACAAUGCCUUUAUAAAUUUGUAAGUAAACUGCCCUGUUGUCCCCUCCCUGCCACCCUAUUUCAUUCCAAUUUAAAUUCUGUAUUAGAAUAGCCAUUCCAAGCAUAUAAAGAAGUGAGUUGUAUUUCACAAAAGUUUAUACCUCUUAAUAAAAUUUGCUAGU